AUGUUCGCGGAGAGGGGCCGUGAUGAAGAAGACUACGAUUAUUUGAUUAAACUAUUGGCAUUAGGCGAUAGUAAUGUUGGAAAGACUAGCCUUCUUUAUCAGUACACUGAUGGGGUUUUCAACGUCGACAUGAACGCGACAGUGGGUGUGGAUUUUAGGCAAAAACGCGUUAUUCGUGAAAAUAAACAGGAUGCGAGUGGACUUUUGGGCCAGAAACAGCGACUUUACUUGCAGCUUUGGGAUACCGCAGGUCAGGAAAGAUUUCGCAGUCUAUGCACCGUCUUUCUUCGCGACUCCAUGGGAUUCCUCCUGGUCUUCGAUCUGACCAACGAGAAGAGCCUUCUCAGCUGUCGAGAGUGGAUGAAUCUACUCUGUCAACAUGCCUAUUGUGAACGGCCUGACGUAAUUCUGGUGGGGAACAAGGCGGAUAAGACAGAAGAACGUGUUAUAUCUACGUCUGAUGCGCAGAGGUUGGCUCAAGAGUUGCAAGUGCCCUACAUAGAGACCAGUGCACUAAGUGGAAAGAACGUCUCCGCAGCAAUUGAUAUGCUUCUGGAUCUGGUAAUGAAGCGGAUCGAGGAGUCAGUUACCAAGACCCGAGUUCACAAGGCCACAAGGAAUUCUAAUGGAGGCAUUCACUUGGAAAAUGCCAAGUCCACAAAGAACAAAUCGUGCGCUUAUUACAUUUUACCAACCAGUCAAUUUCGUGAGAGUGGUGCAAGAACUUCUUGCCUGACUUUCACUCCCUCACAGUCUACGUCAGCUACGUGUACCUUGACUUUCAUCAUCACACCUCUCUCCUCUCCCCGCCUUACCUUCUUCUCUCUCAAUGUUCAGCCUCCCUCCCCUCGUGUACGUUCGUCGGUGUUCACGUCUGUCCACAAACUAAACAGCUCAGCUAUCCGAACAUGGCUAACAGGUCUCAACUGUGAUACAUGUAACGUGUGUGCGGUCCCAACUCCAAAAUCACUAACAACAGCAUCCUUAUGUUAG